CCGUGCCUUGGGCGGGACGUGGGCGGGGCUGAGACCGCAGGCCGGGCCGGGCCAGGCGCACCUCUGUGGCCUGAAUUACUGCUCCGGGACCACUGGGCCGCGAGGCGCGGGACGCGAGUGCGGGAACCAGGGACAGGUCGCGGCAUCGGAAGCCCGGACGGCGCAGCCCAGCUGCAGCCACCAUGGAGCCAGGCAGUGUGGAGAAUCUGUGUGUCGUGUACCGGAGCCAUGACUUCCUGGUGGUGAACAAGCACUGGGACGUACGCAUCGACAGCAAAGCCUGGCGGGAAACGCUGACCCUCCAGAAGCAGCUGCGGCACCGCUUCCCAGAGCUGGCUGACCCAGACACCUACUACGGGUUCAGGUUCUGCCACCAACUGGACUUCUCCACCAGCGGGGCACUCUGUGUGGCUUUGAACAAGGCGGCUGCAGGCAGUGCAUACAGGUGCUUCAAGGACCGGCGAGUCACCAAGGCUUAUCUGGCUCUGGUGCGGGGGCACGUCCAGGAGAGCCGGAUGACCAUCAGCUACGCCAUCGGCAAGAACAGCACAGAAGGCCGGACCCACACCAUGUGCAUUGAAGGCACACAGGGUUGUGAGAACCCAAAACCAAGCCUCACAGAGCUGGUGGUCCUGGAACACGGGCUGUAUGCAGGUGACCCAGUCUCCAAAGUGCUGCUGCAGCCCCUCACAGGCCGGACGCACCAGCUACGCGUGCACUGCAGCGCCCUUGGCCACCCCAUCGUGGGGGACCUGACCUAUGGCCAGGCCUUGGGCCAGGAGGACCAGCCAUUCCGUAUGAUGCUGCACGCCUUCUACCUGCGCAUCCCCACGAGCACCGAGUGCGUGGAGGCCUGUACGCCCGACCCCUUUGUGCCCUCCCUCGAUGCCUGCUGGAGCCCUCAUACCCUGCUGCAGCCACUGGACGAGCUCGUCCAGGUCCUGCGGGCCGCCCCAGACCCUGACCCCUCAGAAGGAGGCCCCGGGCCCUGCAGCCCCUGCACGCCCCUACCUGGGCCAGGCCGGCCCCCACCACCCCCCGAGACAGACGUGCAGCGGGCCUCCUGCCUGCAGUGGCUAUCAGAGUGGACGCUGGAGCCAGACAACUGAGAGCAUCAUGCUAGGAUGGGAACAGCAGGCUGGGACCUGCAGGCCGGGGCUGCUGGUCAGAGCCCUGGAGAGUCCCUGCAGCGGCCAGGCCUAGAGCUGGGCAGCUGCGAUCGCAGAGGACAGGACUCUUGGGCUGCAGGACCCACACUGGCCUCCGUACCAACGCUGCUCUCCAAAUGGCCUCAACAGCGCCUCGCUGGUUCUAGAGCCUCAGCUCCAGGGACUGACUUGUAGACGUGAUUGGGGUCAACAUGCAAGAGGCAGAGCCAGGACCUGGGCCAGCCUUAGGUGGGCUCCUUCUGGCCCCCUACCCCACCCCCCAGAGCACCCUGCUGCAUAUUGCUCUGCCUGGACCUCCGUGCCCGCCAUCCCCAGCCUGGCUGGGUCCUCCGUCUGCAGACCUCUACACCCUGACCCCCGCCCCCCGCGCCAGGCUGGUCCUACCUUGUGCCUUUGCUUCUGCCAGAUUCUGGCCCCCCCACUCACAUGCUGAGCGUCUCGCGUGGAAGUGGGUGUGGGCCACACACGUGCCAUCAGCCCCCCCAACCCCCACCACAUGUCAUUCCUGCAGGCCUGCCCUGAGCAUUGCCCUGUGGGGUCUUCCAGGCCCCUCGUUGCAGCCGCUGCCUCUACCGCCUGCCUGACAGUCCCCAGGCAGGACCUCCGCCUGGAGCCAGGGGAGCCAGGCAGUCUGUCCAUCCCAACAACGUGGCCCAGCUGCAGGCCCAGCUGGGCUCUGAGGAUGGAGAAUAAACGCUCAGUGACAACCUGCAAA